AAAAUAAAAAAGCGCAGAACUUGAGUUAGAUACUUAAAUAAACAAGAAUUGUGUGGUACUUUUUCCUAAAUUUUGUUCCCAGAGCUAAGCAUAAGCAAUUUCAGAGGGCGCCGAUAUGGAUGAGUUGGUCCAAAAUGUCCUUGGCAUGGAGACGAUCCUACGUCGCCGGGACCUGCCAAGCUUCUGCGUUAAAGCACGAACCGCCGAUGACCCUGUGCUUCAACUCGUAACAAGAUCAGCUGCAGACGUUUCCAAAGCACAAGGACUCUUGUUCAAUACCACAGAAUCCUUAGAAGGUCCGACCCUCUCCCUCAUCACCUGCAACGUCCACAAAAACACCUAUGCGGUCGGGCCGCUCCAUGCUCUCCUCCCAUUCUUCACCCCCGAGAGCCACUCGGCCAAUCUCUGGGAGCAGGACCACGCAUCGAUGUCAUGGCUCGACGCUCAGCCCCGCCGCCCCCUCAUCAAUGAACUAAAGGAGCAGAUGAUGAAGGCAAUCAAAGGCGCUCAAAACACUAAGAGAGCUCAAAUGCGAAGGCUAACAACAUUUCUUCUCCUGCACAGGAUGAUUACUCUGAACGAUGAAGGAUCACAUGAAGCGGAUCAGGACAUCUACAACUUCGACAGUGUGGGCCUGCGCCACUAUACCGUCACAAACACAAUCAUAAGGAUGCAUCACAACUCAUACCACCGAAAAAUGCCUUUUCCUGACAAAUUUUUGAAACCAAGCCUCCAAAAUGUUUGA